UCCUCCGAGCAGCAGGAGGAGGAAGGUGGAGCUGAGGCAGGAGUCAUUUGGUGUCACCCAGUAGCCCCAGAUGUGGGGUUAGUAACUGUCCCAAAAUGCAGUGCGUGUCCUGGAUGGACUAAAGACGGAUGAACGAAGUUUAAAAACUACAAGUCCCAGCAUCCUCUGUGUUUAGGGAGGAGCAGUGAAAGUGUUGAUCCUCCGUUCAGAGCAGCAGGAGGAGGAAGGUGGAGCUGAGGCAGACUAACUCCACCCUGACAUCAAGAAGAUGGAGGAAGAGGACGGAGCAGCAUCCAGCUGUGUGUCUGUGAGGAGUGACGGGGUUACACAAACACCUCCACCUUACAGUCAUGGACCUGCAGCAAUAAUAGGUCAGAGGUCACAGUCUCCAGCAUCCAGCUGUGUGUCUGUGAGGAGUGACCGGUCCAGAGACAGACCUCUACAAUUCAGUCAUGAACCUGCACCAACAGUGAACUUCAAUCAUGGAGCUCAGCUGACCAUAGGUCAGAGGUCACAGUCUCCAGUAUCCAGCUGUGUGUCUGUGAGGAGUGACCGGUCCAGAGACAGACCUCUACAAUUCAGUCAUGAACCUGCACCAACAAUGUUCUUCAAUCAUGGAGCUCAGCUGACCAUAGGUCAGAGGUCACAGUCUCCAGUAUCCAGCUGUGUGUCUGUGAGGAGUGACUCGUCCAGAGACAGACCUCCACAAUUCUGUCAUGAACCUGCACCAACAAUGUUCUUCAAUCAUGGAGCUCAGCUGACCAUAGGUCAGAGGUCACAGUCUCCAGUAUCCAGCUGUGUGUCUGUGAGGAGUGACCGGUCCAGAGACAGACCUCUACAAUUCAGUCAUGAACCUGCACCAACAGUGAACUUCAAUCAUGGAGCUCAGCUGACCAUAGGUCAGAGGUCACAGUCUCCAGUAUCCAGCUGUGUGUCUUUGAGGAGUGACCGGUCCAGAGAAAGACCUCUACAAUUCAGUGAUGAACCUGCAGCAACAAUGUUCUUCAAUCAUGGAGCUCAGCUGACCAUAGGUCAGAGGUCACAGUCUCCAGUAUCCAGCUGUGUGUCUGUGAGGAGUGACCGGUCCAGAGACAGACCUCUACAAUUCAGUGAUGAACCUGCAGCAACAAUGUUCUUCAAUCAUGGAGCUCAGCUGACCAUAGCUUCUGCACAGUGUCAUCAAAUCUGGAUGUUUGUCACUGACAGUCAAUGAUUUUAGUGAUAAAGAAAUGUGU